AGCUGGCGUACACACUCUGCCUGCGCAGCAGUAACAGUGAACAGGGUGGAGGAUUUAUUCUGUACAUCUGACCAUCAGGAGACCCACAGUCAUGCAGCAAGUACUCUCUAACGCGAGGGAGCUGCCGACCCUUAAAGCCAAAGACAUCGACCUCCUCUUCCUCAAAGGCAUCAUGGAAAGCCCUAUAGACCGCUCUCUAACCCACGUUCAUGAGCGUUUAGAAGAUGUAAAGUUACAGGCGGUGCAGGACAAUAAUGUUGAACUAAUAAGUGAGAUCCUCGGGAUGAUCCGCGGCCUGAACGUUAAAGACGAACGAGUCUCAGAGUUACUGAGGAUCCUACAGCAGCCUCACUUCCAGUCUCUCCUGGAGGCUCAUGAUAUGGUGGCAUCAAAGCGAUAUGAGGCUCCUCCUUCACGUCCCGUCGAACCGGCUAUAGAAAGAGCAGUCAACAACGCGCUCAUGCAAGGCGAUGCUGUCCGGAUGAUCGGCGUCCGCAAGAGAGCAGGAGAGCCUCUGGGGGUCACAUUCCGGGUGGAGAAGAACGACCUGGUGAUCGCUCGGAUUCUUCACGGUGGGAUGAUUGACAGACAGGGCCUGCUCCAUGUAGGGGACAUCAUAAAGGAAGUGAAUGGACAGGAAGUGAGUAACAACCCCCUGGAGUUACAGGAGAUCCUGAAGGAGUGCAGUGAAGGAAUCACUUUUAAAAUCCUGCCAAGCUACACAGAUGCAGCAGCACCACCACAGGUUUAUGUGAAGCCACAUUUCGACUACAAUCCGGCCAAUGACAAUCUGAUUCCGUGCAGAGAGGCGGCACUCGCCUUCAAGACAGGUGACGUCCUUCAGAUAGUGAACAGGGAGGACGUGAACUGGUGGCAGGCGUGUCAUAAGGUGGGAGGAGCUACAGGGUUAAUUCCCAGUCAGUUUCUGGAGGAGAAAAGGAAAGCUUUUGUUGCAAAGGACUUGGAAAGUACAGGGAUCUUAUGUGGGACAGUGAACGGUAAAAUGAAGAAGAAAAAGAUGUACAUGACUUCGAGGAAUGCAGACUUUGACCGUCAUGAGCUGCAGAUCUAUGAGGAGGUAGCAUGCAUGCCUCCAUUCCAGAGGAGAACACUGGUUCUGAUCGGAGCGCAGGGCGUGGGACGCCGCAGCCUGAAGAACCGCCUGCUGGUGCUACAUCCUGACCGCUAUGGAACCACAGUACCAUUCACGUCUCGAAGACCACGAGAGGACGAGCACAAUGGUCAGAGUUACCGGUUUGUGACACGGAUGGACAUGGAGAUGGACAUUAAACUGGGAUGCUUCCUGGAGCACGGCGAGUACGACGGCAACCUGUAUGGCACCAAGAUGAGUUCCGUCCAUGAGGUGGUGAACACGGGACGCACCUGCAUCCUGGACGUCAACCCCCAGGCUCUGAAGGUGCUGAGAACAGCGGAGUUUAUGCCCUAUGUGGUGUUCAUCGCCGCUCCUGAGUUCGAGACGCUGAAAGCUUUACACUCAGCCGCUGUCCAGGCUGGAAUCACCACCAAACAGCUCUCAGACAUGGAUCUGAAGAGGAGAGUGGAUGAGAGCGCUCGCAUUCUGCAGACUUACGGACACUACUUCGACCUCACCGUCGUGAACGACAACCUGGACACCGCGUUUGAGACACUGCACACGGCUGUGGACAAACUGUACGCUGAGCCACAGUGGGUUCCUGUCAGCUGGGUUUACUAACGCUGUGUGUGUGUGUGUGUGUGUGUGUGUGUGUGUGUGUGUGUGUGUGUGUGAGCUCUGCAGCAACUAAUUUGGUUUCGUACAGAAGUCCUCUGGGCUGUUCUGUUUAUGUCAUAUAUAAAGGUUUCUAUGUAUAAGAAUGGAGAAUUUGAGACGUCACGAUGUCCCACGUGUCCCUUCUGUACACGUCAUAACCCACCUGCAACAAACUGCUUCUUUAUUUAUCUGUUAAUCGUUUUGUUUCUCUGUUCUGAUUUUAGUUAAAUGUUUAAAUGUUAUAGAAUUUGUCAGGGAACGUAUUGUUAAGUUUAUCUUGUGUGUGUGUGUGUGUGUGUGUGUAUAAUUUUAGCAAAGUGUUUCAUGUUGUUCCUCAUGAAGCUUUUGGAGGUUAUUUUGACCCUGACCUCCAGAAAUGCUGGUUCCACAGUAUUUAGUCUGCCGUGUCAAGCCAACCUUGUGUGUGUUCUGCUGCUCGUCUUUAACCCUUUUAUCAUCUUAAGCAAGUCUAAAAAGUAUUUUAUAUCCAGAUGUAACUCUUUGCUACAUUGUGUAUUACUGAAUUGUUUAUGUGGAGUGGCCGAGAGCUUCUUACAUGAUCCUGAACAACAGAGAACCUACAGAACAGGACGAUGCAGUCGUCUGAUCUACCUGGUCUUAUCUGAAGAAUUAAUUAAUUAAAAUGAAAUAAAAUA